UAGGAUAUUAUAGGAUUUUUUUGUUUGCAGCAACGAUCAUCUGUUGCAAGUACUGGAAGUCAACAAACAUCGGGUGCAUAUGCAGAUGGAGUACGUAUGGAAGAGAUAGUGGAAGGUUCAGUAGGUGCUCUUCAUAUCCUGGCAAGAGAGUCUCAUAAUAGGGCGAUAAUUCGAUCACAAAAUGUUAUCCCAAUUUUCGUACAACUACUAUUCAAUGAGAUUGAAAAUAUUCAACGCGUCGCAGCCGGUGUACUUUGCGAAUUGGCGGCUGACAAAGAAGGCGCUGAGAUAAUAGAACAAGAGGGUGCUACCGCUCCAUUGACAGAAUUACUUCACUCCAGGAACGAAGGCGUUGCCACUUAUGCAGCGGCAGUGCUAUUCCGUAUGAGCGAGGAUAAACCUCAAGAGUACAAAAAACGACUUUCCAUGGAGCUGACAAAUUCCUUAUUCCGUGAAGACACGAAUUUGUGGAAUAAUGCUGACUUUAGCAUGGCUCCGGAUCUUCAGCUACCUAAUCUUCAGGAUAUGCUUGGCCCUGAUCAAGGCUAUGAUGGUAUGUAUGGCCAAGGACCUCCUAGCGUACACAGCAGCCAUGGCGGUCGGGGUUAUCAACCGCAAGGUUAUGACCAGAUACCAGUAGACUCGAUGCAAGGAUUAGAGAUAGGUGGUGGAUCGACAUAUGGUGCAAUGGACACUAUGGACAUGGCGCACGAAGGUGACUUGAGUUUCGAUCACUUGGAAGAGCUCCCUGCACCGCCUCAAGAUAACAACCAGGUCGCAGCCUGGUAUGACACCGAUCUCUGAAUCCGUGCCAUUAUCGAUCUCACGAGACAACAAGGGAAAAAGCAGCAUUAUUUUAAAGUACUAAACGAAUUUUCAUAGUAGAGUUUCGAUUAUCCGAGCGCUACAGUUGAAUGUCUGUAUUCUGGAUUCGUCGAAACCAAACCACUUGUCUCGAUCUUUCCCCAUAAUCCUCAUUUUUAUUUUAGUGAUAAAGUGUGCAAAAUAAAAACAUUUUAUUAGCUUUUUUAUUUUUUCUUUGUUUCUGUUUUAAUUAUUUUCUCGUAUUUAUUGACAUUCAAGUCGAUUAUCGUUCGGCUAAGAAGUGGAUGACGUGCCAAGUGAUCACGCAGUGCUUGGUAUCUCAAUUCAUAGUACGGACGUUUGACUGUAUUCGAAUAAUGUAUCUUAAGAUAUACGAAGAUGUAUCUUAAUAAUUAAUUAAAUAAUGCUCGGGAAGUCGAAUUCUACCGCAUUUAUAAGACUCAUCUUUGAAGUAUUACCGAUUAGAGGCUAUCGUGCCCGAUCGUGUUUCGGUCCGCAAGAAGUCGUUUUCGAAUAUAAAGGAUCGGUUAGUCGCACUAUAGUUGACAUCUUCCUAUAGUCCACGUUUGUUUCGUCAAACAGAAAGUGAAACAUUCGUUAAUCCAUAUCGACCCAAAAAAAUGUAUCGCCUGUAUGUAAUCGCCUAAUAUGAUCAUUCACCCGAGCAUAUAUACAUUAUAUCGAUGUAUUAGAAUUAAGGAAGAUACAUGUAAUUCGUACACACACGUAUAUGUAUCGUUUAAUUGUCUAUACAAAUAAACUGAACAAUUAAACGACCAA